UCACCAACGCCCUCAUCUACCUCCGCCCUGGCGUCCUCGACGAGCUCCUCCCUCGCAUCGACGACGUCUGGUUCAACCCUCACCUCAUCGUAAAGCAUGGGGACCUCAAACGCUUCUUCUUAUCCGCUUUCUAUCACAUGGGAGAGUCCCACUUGGUCUACAACAUGUUGUCCCUCCUAUGGAAAGGAAUUCAGCUUGAAACUUCCAUGGGUAGUUUGGAGUUUGCUACCAUGAUUGCUUCAUUACUUGGUCUAUCUCAAGGCAUCACCCUCCUUAUGGCCAAAGGCUUACUUCUUUUCUUCGAUUAUGACACCCCGUACUACCGGCAAUAUUCUGUUGGAUUCUCUGGCGUUCUCUUUGCCAUGAAAGUAGUCCUCAACGCCCAGGCAGACGAUUACACUUACGUGCACGGAAUGAUUGUCCCAUCACGACAUGCUGCUUGGGCCGAGUUAAUCCUCAUUCAACUAUUCGUGCCUGGUGUAUCUUUUCUUGGCCAUCUUGGUGGAAUACUCGCUGGACUUGUCUAUCUUCGGUUGAGAGGUUCUCACACUGGACCUGACCCUGUUGCUGCUUUGAUUAGAAAUGUUGGUGGGAUUAUAGGGAGGCCAUUGAGGUUUAUAAGGAGCUUGUUUUGGCCUCAGCGCCAGAGAAUUUCAGGAAGAGGAACUGUAGGAGGAAGCCAGGGUGCAUGGGAUGCAUCUAGUGUUUGGAGAUGCGAAGUAUGUACUUUUGAUAACUCUGGCUUGCUGGAUGUAUGUGAGAUGUGCAGUACAGAACGUGGUGGUCCUGCUUUCUCACCGGUGAGGACGCUGAAUAGUUCUGGAGAUCUUAGUGUGGAUGAGGUUCGACGCAGGAGGCUCGAAAGAUUUGAUAGAUGAUAUUGUAAAAAGCGUCAGGAGAUGGGGAGGUCAUUUUAUGCCUGUUACUUCAAUUUGAAGCAUAGGGGUUUCAAAUAUGAAUAUGCAAUAAUUUCUGUACUUGGGGGAGAAGUAUCAGUAGCUUGGACAUAAAAAAACCUGUUGUCUGGUGGCAUUUGAUUAAAAUACAGAAAAAUAUGGAAGAUACUUGAUCCAGUUGGGGUUUUCUUUU